AUGAAGAACCCUCUGAUCAAAUAUGAAGAUCUCACCAUAAAGGGUUUUAAGAGGUUCGGAUUCUCUUUAGGGGAUGGCCUAAACACACAAGAACACUCACAAAAGGGCAACUUCGAUCCUUUGGCAAGCUUCGGUUCCCCUCGGAAUCAGCAGAUUAUUACUAUCUUACUCUCUUUGAUCUUUUUGUCUAUGUGCUUCCUUUAG